AUAAGCAAGAUUUCUAGAGUUCUGAAACUUUUAGGUAAUAGCAGCUUCUUCGAGAUGAGAGUGUUAUUCCCAUGUUCCGCAGUUCUUCUUCUGCUAAUGAUCGUUGCAAAAGCACAGCAACGCGAUAUACCGAAAAGUGAUUUGACACCUCAGAAUGUUUCGCCCAAGAGCAAAUCUCUGCAAAAAGAUUCUUCCACGAGCGAUUCUUCGGUGCUUUUGAAAGACGCAAAUAACAACAUCUUGACGAGCAGUGUAUUUCCCAAGAACGAUAAGAAGAUUAGUAUUUCUCCUAAAAGCGAUCCUUGGAAAAAUAUACGUGAGGCCGACUUACCCCUAGAAGAUGAUCCGAAGAGCGAGGCCCUACCUUUAAGUACCCUAAGCUCACAGAAUGUUAUUCCAAAGAGCGAGUCUCUGCAAAGAGAUUCUUCCAAGAUGGGGAGCGAUUCUUCUGUGCUUUUGAAAGAACCAUCUUUAAAAGUCUUGACGCACAAUAAUUCUAUAUCCGCCAAGAACGAUUCGACGAUUAGAAUUUCACCCAAGAGUGGUCAAUUGAAAAAUAUUCGUGUGAUCGACUUACCCCUAGAAGAUGAUCCGAAGAGCGAAGCUCCACCUUUAAGUAUUUCGUCCAUAAGCUCACAGAAUGUUAUUCCUAAGAGCGAGUCCCUGCAAAGAGAUUCUCUCAAGAUGGGGAGCGAUUCUACUGUGCUUUUGAAAGAACCAUCUUUAAAAGUCUUGACGCACAAUAAUUCUAUAUCCGCCAAGGACGAUUCGACGAUUAGAAUUUCUCCCAAGAGUGGUCGAUGGAAAAAUAUUCGUGUGAUCGAUUUACCCCUAGAAGAUGAUCCGAAGAGCGCGGCUCUUCCUUUAAGUAUUUCUCCCGUAAUGUCACAAAUUGUUCAAGCUAAGAGCGAGACUUUGAAAGAAGAUUAUUCGAAGAAUGAUACGAUAAGGAACGAUUCCUCUAUGCUCUUGAAAGAAUCAUCAAUGAAAGACUUAACGCAAAAUAAUUCUAUAUCCCCCAAGAACGAUUCCACGAUUGGAAUUUCUCCCAAGAGUGGUCGAUGGAAAGAUAUACGUGUGAUCGAUUUACCCCUAGAAGAUGAUCCAAAGACCGGGGCUCUACCGCCAAGUAAUUCUUCCGUAAACUUACUUAGCGAUUCCUUUCUGAAUGGUGCAUCACCAAGUGGUUCAACUAAAAAAGAUCCUCCGCUGAACCAAAAACCCAAAACGGACUUCUUAAUGAUAGUUCCAUAUAAUAGGGUUAUAGGUAAAGUCCCGCACAUUGGUGCCCCUAACUCUAGGCCACUGAUAUUAACAACUUCUGAGGCAAUCAAUGAGCUACGAAAGAGGUUGAUGGUAGAGGUUGCUAGAACUGAACUAUUCCGGAAUCGGUCAACCAACUUACUGAAGGAAAUACUAGCCAGCAACUCUAUGAUUCUUAAAUCUCAGAAAGAAAGCCCUAGUAUGGUAGCAGAGAUGAACAAGGUAGACCGCCAGCUGCUGGAGGUUAACUUGCAGCUGGAAAGUGUCCAAAAGCAGUUGAAGAUGUGCCAGGGAAGACUCUCUGGUAACUUUGUACUGCAGAUUGCCGAAAACGAGGCCAAUAGGCUGUUCAUGGAGGAGCGAAAGCCCCUGAUCAGGUAUAGCCAUCGAAAUAGGUACCUAAAACUUCUACGGCAUCUGCGGCGAAGGGUCAAGGACGAAAUCUACAAGAUCUCCGAGCUAGUUGAGGACACAACCACAACCGAGAAGCCCACUCCGGGAAUAUUUCCAACUUUACCGUGGUUCUAAUCAUUGUUUAAAAUGUAGUUUUUAUGCAAAUAAACAUGCAAAAACAAAA